UUUAGGAAUUGAAAUGGAAAAGCAGCAACAAAUUCUGGAUCUGAAUAACUUUGUAGAUUUUCCCCCACUCUCGUCCACAAAGAAGGCCCCCACUCCUCCCAAAUCGUCAAAGUCCACCGGGGAAAAGGCUCCUUUACCCGCCAACAAGUCCGCCGCUGCCUCUUCUUCAACUGUAAAUAGUCCUCCAAAUUGUCCUCCACCCUCGUCUUCGAAAAAUGUCGAUGAACUUACCGAGUCCACAAGCAACAUGAGCAUUAGUAGUGGUUCGCCACAUAAAAGGAUUAUAAAUGAAAUGGAAAUAGAUGGACAGGUAGUCUAUGAAAAUGUGCUUCGGCAGGAAAAAGGAUCUGAAAAGAAGGAUGAGGAAAAGCAGGUAGUAGGCUACCUGGUUUGUCAGGUCGAGGAAAAUUCUGUCGUCGGAGUACGACUUCGUCCUCAGGCACACAAGAAGUGGCCCCACUUCGUUACGCUAAAAAAUGAUUUUGUUGAGAAAUGUGAUGGGUUUGUAAAUAAGGUCCAGCUUGGAGAUUCAGUCUGGGUCACUGAUGUUGAGUGGAAAGAAGAUUAUAGAGACUUAUCUCGAAGUGAAGGGGAUAAAAGCAGAAAAUGCUGGUAUGUCGGGAAGAUCAACACAAACGCAGUUGUCACGGGUGCUCGUCUUGUUGUUUACGCAGAAAGAUCUGUGCACCCUGGAAUUGUGAUAAAAUUUAAAGAAAAAAGAGGCAUACGAAAUUGCUGUAUGAUUAUUUCUCCGGGUCUUCAAAUUGCGUCCCGAUGCUAUCGUCGUCAGCUCGUUGAUUUGAAUUUGGAUGAAAUCGAGGUGGGUCAGCUUGUUAAUGUUUCAGUCGCAAGUCUUUCUGAGGAUUGCAUUGUUGAUGAAUCAUAUGUCCUCCCAGCACAAACUGAAUACAAAUUUGGCUAUGAAGAGUUCAUCGUACAGGGUAAAGGAGUCUUAGGAAGUGUAGAAAAUGUCGAAUGA